AUGAAGCUCCUCGCCUUCGGCUCCAACGGGUCCGGUCAAUUAGGUCUUGGCCACACAGAAGAUGUGUCUACCCCAACACAAUGCCUCUUCACACCAUUUGCAGCAUUUACUGGGGAUCAAGAUCAGGGCUCAGUCGGCCAAGUGAAAGACGAAAUUGCUCAAAUUGUUGCUGGAGGGAACCAUACACUCCUCUUAACGCGACAGGGUCAUGUCUAUGCGGCCGGGGACAAUUCUGAUGGACGCUGCGGUCCAGAUACGCACAUUGACUUUUCAAAGGACCAAUUGAAAGCCAAUACAGAGAAAAUCCGAAAUGAAGAGAAGAAUAUUUUACGAUUCCAGCGUGUAAUUAUCACGGACCACACUACUGGAUGCACCGUUGACACGUUUAAGUCCGUUUCCGCGACAUGGGAGGCGUCUAUCCUCGUCGCCGAUGUAUCAUCACAAACCCAUUCUUCUGAUAAGCAUAGUGAUCUCACCAUCCACAAUGAUAAAGUCUUUGUCCAGGGAUCGGCUCUGAAAGGCGAACUCGGCCUCGGAGAUAGCACCAUGAGACACGGUAUGUCCGUUACACCGGGUACAUCGAUAUCUAAGUUCCCACCACUUGGCACCACAGUCUCUGCGCUAGCCAGCGGGAUGGGACACUCGGUUGCCAUCCUCUCGAAUGGAGAUGUCUACGGAUGGGGUGCGUCUCGAAAGGGUCAGCUGGGCGAGGGACUGAAGGGGGCAAAGAUUAUAUGGUCGCCAAUGCAGAUCUUGGGGAUUCCGUUUCCAGCGACAGGCGCUGUGUGUGGGCGGGAGUUUACGGUUGUGAUUGGCAGGCGAGAGAAAGGGGAGUUUUUGGUUCUUGGUGAUAAGAAAAAUCGGUGGGGAAUUUUGGAUGUGAAUGAUUCCGAUGCUUUACGGGUACGGAUACGAGGUGAAGAAGGUGUAGGAGCUAGUGUGGAUUCUUUCUGUGUUCCUUCUGCUAGUGUUAGGGGUGGGGCUGCAUUGUGGGGGGUGGAGGAUAUCGGGGCAAGUUGGCAUGGGAUUUAUGUCCAUGUGGCUGCGCUAGCUGAAGGUUCUUCGUCCCCUGCCGUUGCGAAGAAGAGUUCGCUUGUUGCCUGGGGCCGCAAUGAUCGCGGCCAACUUCCGCCGCCUGGUCUUCCUGCUUUGGAUAGAAUUGCCGUUGGUAGUGAACAUGUCCUUGCACUCUUGCGGGAUGGGUCCGUGGCGGCUUUUGGGUGGGGCGAGCACGGAAACUGUGGACCGGAUACGAAUUCCGACGGCAAUGUGGCCGGCACGUUCAAGGUGAUUUCGGUACCGAAUGCUGUUUAUAAUGCUGGUGAAAGGGUUAUUGGGGUUGGGGCUGGAUGUGCGACGAGUUGGGUGAUUGUGGAUUGA